CGGAAGGACGCCUGGACACCCUCGCCCACGAGGGCUCUUUUAAGUUCUGCUGACUUGGCCGUAGCCUGCGGUGUUGGGUUCUCGCGCAGUCAGGUGCUGCCGGGGGGCAGGCGCAGUUAUUUGUGACUGCGGGGUGGAGACCGGCGUGCGGGGCGGAGGAGUAGGCGGGAUCCGCCCCCUUCGCCGGCAUCUCGCGGCCGAAGACCCCCGGUCGCCCCAGCUGAAGGCCCCCUACAGGGUACCCCAGGCCGCACGUUUGCAGGGGUCGCUCUCGGGCAGCAUCGAGCCUCCGCACACCGACUUCUCGCGAGGUUUCGGCGCCCCCCCCCCGCCCGCUCCUAGUUCUGGUGCGGGCAGCUCCCGCAAUGGCUGCACUGCGGAGGCUCCUGUGGCCGCCGCCUCGGCUCCCGCCUCCGCCCUCCCCUCACCAUCCCUUCCCAGGGGCGUGGGGGCGGCCGGCGGGGAUAGCCCCGGGCCCGCCUGGCCGGCCCUUCUCCUGCCGGGAGGAGGAAGAGGGGGCUGUGGCUGAGGCGGCUUGGAGGCGGCGGAGGCGCUGGGGGGAGCUGAGCAUCGCGGCGGCAGCCGGCGGGGGUCUGGUCGGCCUCGUGUGCUACCAGCUGUACGGGGACCCUAGGGCCGACUCCGCCUGGACACCCGCCCUCGAGCGCGCCUCGGAGAGCUCGGCCUCAGAGCCGGAGGACCCGCCCCGCGGCCGGGGGCUGAUUCCCAUCCCCGUGGCGGCUGCCAAGGAAACGGUUGCUAUCAGCAGAACAGACAUUGAAGACUUAGACCUCUAUGCUACAUCUCGGGAAAGAAGAUUUCGUUUGUUUGCUUCUAUAGAAUGUGAAGGGCAGUUAUUCAUGACUCCAUAUGACUUUAUUUUGGCUGUUACAACAGAUGAGCCCAAAUUUGCUAAGACGUGGAAGUCACUUACCAAACAGGAAUUAAAUCAAAUGCUCUCAGAAACACCACCAGUUUGGAAAGGAUCCUCAAAGCUUUUUCGCAAUCUUAAAGAAAGAGGUGUGAUUUCUUACACAGAAUAUCUUUUUCUCUUGUGUAUUUUAACAAAGCCACAUGCAGGAUUUAGAAUAGCUUUCAACAUGUUUGACACCGAUGGUAAUGAGAUGGUGGACAAAAAGGAAUUUUUGGUGCUUCAAGAGAUAUUCAGGAAAAAAAAUGAAAAGAGAGAAACUAAAGGAGAUGAAGAAAAGCGUGCAAUGCUGCGUCUUCAACUUUAUGGAUACCAUUCUCCUACUAAUAGUGUACUUAAGACAGAUGCUGAGGAACUGGUCUCCAGAAGCUAUUGGGAUACACUGAGACGUAAUACAAGCCAAGCACUCUUUUCAGACCUCGCAGAGCGUGCUGAUGACAUUACAAGUUUGGUAACAGAUACUACACUUCUUGUGCACUUUUUUGGAAAGAAAGGAAAAGCUGAGCUCAACUUUGAAGAUUUUUAUAGAUUCAUGGAUAACCUACAAACAGAAGUUCUAGAAAUAGAAUUCCUUUCCUACUCUAAUGGGAUGAACACUAUCAGUGAAGAAGAUUUUGCUCAUAUUCUUUUACGAUAUACAAAUGUGGAAAAUACAUCAGUAUUUUUGGAAAAUGUGCGUUACAGUAUACCUGAAGAAAAGGGCAUCACAUUUGAUGAAUUCAGGUCAUUUUUCCAGUUUCUGAACAACUUAGAAGACUUUGCAAUAGCCUUGAAUAUGUAUAACUUUGCAAGUCGUUCUAUAGGGCAAGAUGAAUUUAAGCGUGCCGUCUAUGUAGCUACUGGCCUCAAACUUUCACCACAUUUAGUGAACACAGUCUUCAAGAUUUUUGACGUUGACAAAGAUGAUCAAUUAAGUUAUAAAGAAUUUAUUGGAAUUAUGAAAGACAGACUCCAUAGAGGAUUCCGGGGUUAUAAAACAGUUCAGAAGUAUCCCACUUUCAAAUCCUGUCUAAAGAAGGAACUUCACAGCAGAUAAGUACUUCUAAAGCAAAGUUUAAAGGAUUAUUAUCUAUAUGAUGAUCCAAGAAGCAAAAAUUUCAGAGUAAAAGCAGGUCUCAGAUCACAGCAUGUAGAAAUGAAGGAAAAGAAGAAACACUAAAUACAGUUUUUCUUGAUUGACUUCUUGAACAUAAGACAGAUAAUAUGCAUCUUCUCACUAACUGUAAAUGUUAUGUGUUAUCAAGUUGAGCUUUUGCAUUGAUUUACUGAACUCUGUACUUUUUCAUUCCUUUCAGAAGUAUACAGAUACUUCCAAUGACUAUGUAAGAAUGUAUUUUAAAUACUUUUUAUUUAUUAGAAAUUUACCUGAUUUCAAAAUAAUAUAUGACUCCUGGAAUCUAGAUCACUUAAAAAUUAAUAGCAACAACAUAUUUUCUUUGGUUUUAGACUGUGAACUUAUUUUCAGAAAAAUGAGUAUUACUUGAGAUUUAUCUUAGGCCCUUAGAAUUGUUGAUGAAUCCCCAUUAUUACCAGGUUUUUAAUUACAUUAAAAUAAUUUUGAAAAACAAAUAGAAAUUAAGCUACUAUAUAAAUAUAAUAUGAUGGUUUACAAUGUACUUUUAAUUUUUAAAAGUACUUUACAUAUACUGUGUGAAUCAUGUAAAAGUUUUUAAAAGUUUUCGUUUAUUGGCCAAAGUCAUCAGAAUGUCUGAUACUCUUUUAUGUGUGCGGUAAAGCAAUUUCAAAUGCAGAUUUUUUUUUUCUCCAAAAAAGUCACAUCUUCAUGGUAGAAACCGUGGUGGCUACAGCAACUGCUGUCCUUGUUGUGACCGCCUUUAGCAUGCCGCUGCUCCUGACAGCAGAUGGCAUGUGUCGGCAACGCCAGUCGCAGUGAUGUCUUGCAGCCGUGUGACGUGCUGUGCGGGAGUGUUGCACGGUGCGGAUGUAACAUGUACACGAGUGAUGUCUGUAUUUGGUAGAAGUUAAGAUUUUGUUUCUUGCAAAAGGACCACGUGCAAAAGUGAUGCCAAACAGCUGGUCAUAAUGAAUAACUUAAGUAAAUUCUUUCAAAAUGAUAUUUCAAAUUCAUUAAGUCAAAAGACUUAAAGAGAAAAGAAAAACUUUCUAGAGAGAAACAAAAUUAGGUUUUCACAUGGAGAAAAUAAUUUGAUAGCAUUUAAUGGAAGUUUGUUCAGUUAGAACGUAUAGUUUAUAAAAGGAUACUCUACAAAAAUAGAACAACGAAGUUAAUAUAUUUAUAUAUUGUAUGUGGAAGGUAAGUUCAUUUAUCUUCUUUUCUAAGAUGUAUUUAAUGUAAAUUGCACACACUCCAGCUAUCACCUUGCUUUUGCAUAUGAAAAUAGGAAAUACAGACUUUGUUUUUGUAAGUUAUAAAUGUGAAAUUGGUAGUUCUGCAUCCGCCUAUUUAUAAAAGUACUGUUAUUUCCAAGAAAAUGUUAUGGUUAGCAUUGGCUACAUAUUUGUUAAACUUUGUACAUUCUUUAUCUGGCAUUAUUUAUUACAUUGAUAUAGAAAUAUAUAUGAUUCAUGGAUUUGAAGAUUCCAUGCAGUAUAAUCAUUUAAUUUCACCUGCUUUGAAGGUUGACUCAGUUGAUUGACUAAAUGAAAAUGCCAACUCACUCAUUUAACAUGUCCAAGGUCUAUUCUACCUUACACUGAACGUUCUCAAUAGUAAUUAUUUGCUAUCCAAAAUAAUUGAAGACAUGCAAUUUACUUUCAUCUUUGACUAAAAGUAAUAUUAUCUUGCACACAUGGAGAAAUUGCUAUUUAGAACACUUCUGGGGGCGCCUGGAUGGCGCAGUCGGUUAAGCGUCCGACUUCAGCCAGGUCACGAUCUCGCGGUCCGUGAGUUCGAGCCCCGUGUCAGGCUCUGGGCUGAUGGCUCAGAGCCUGGAGCCU